AGAGAGGGGCGUCCAGUGCAUCACCGGGAGACUUUUUGUGUAAUGACUUUGAUCAAAGUCAACUUUAUCACUACAGACACAGGACUGUACCGGAGAUGCUCUGAAGCCGUGAUGAUCGCGCCGACUCCAGCACACGGACAGUGUUUACUUCAAGGGCUGUGGGACUUUGUGAGAGCCGGUCAGGAGGAGAUCCUUUUGUCCUAUUACCUGCCCGCGUGCAGUGCGUUUAUCACGCACGUACUCCUGUGCGUGCCCUUCUUUAUUAUGGACUUAUUGCUGUGCGUCAGUCCUCAGAUCCGCUCGUGGAGAAUCGCUCCGGACUCAGCGCCAGUGCCGAGCGCGCGCUGCUGGAUGGAGUGUUUGGGGAGGCUGGCGCUCCGGUACCUGACAGUGGUGCUCCCCGCCACCGUGCUCCUCAAAUGCGCCUUAAAGACCCCCGUGUUACCGGAGAGAGCACCGUCCUGCUACCAGCUCUGGGUGGAGGUGCUCGCGUGCUUUCUGCUGUUUGACGCGCUCUUCUUCGCCUGGCACUUCUCCAUGCACAGAUUCCCUUGGCUCUACCGGCACGUGCACCGCGAACACCACAAGAACAAAGCCCUGAUCGCCCUGGCCGCUCAAGAUGCCAGCGGGGCGGAGCUUCUGUCCCUGCUCUUCCUGGCCCUCAUUAGCACCUGGUUGGUGGGGUGCCAUCCUCUGAGUGAAGCCCUCUUCCAUCUCCUCAACAGCUGGUUGGCCAUAGAGGACCACUGUGGGUACAACCUGCCAUGGGGCCUGCACCGACUUUUCCCCAGUUUUGGUCUAGGGGGCGCUCCAUUUCAUCAGCUGCACCAUACCAAACUAAGUGGGAACUACGCCCCCUAUUUUACUCACUGGGAUCUACUUUUUCGAACUUACAGAGAGUGAGCUACAGCUGGUCCAGGGCUGGAAGAUUUUAAGAGCGAUACAAAUUUCCAAGCCAGUGAAAAUAAGCUUUAAUACAUAGAAAAUUGUUAUCUUGUAAUCACUGGAUCCAUCCAUCUUGGGUGGCGUUUGGUUAGGACUUGGAUGGGAGACAACGUUUAACUACCAAGUGGCGUAAUGGGGCAGCAGUGGCUCUAGGGUGAAGUGUUGCAGUCUUUCGGCAAAACACUGCCUAGAAAAAAUGUGGCGCGUGAGUCUUGGUGGUGGUUGGGGGGUUAUGGUCAAGAUCGGCAACCUCCCUUCUGUCAGCCUGUCCCAAAGCAGCUGUGGAUACAAUAGUGCUUAACCACCACUGAUGAAUGGAUUAUGACAUUUUAAAAUAACUGAGCGUCUGGAAAAGGGCUUUAUAAAACAAAUGCAUUAUUAUUAAUAUGAAUGUACAACCUUGCCAGUAAGAUGCAGCUAAAACUCUUCUGCAGGGACUUCUCUCUUGAUUGUUGUGACUCUCUCAGGCAUGGCAGAGGCUGAGCAACAGGAGCAGCGAAUGGGAGUGACGCAAUUUGAUUAUAUAUUUCCGAAUCGCCCACUCACUUCUAGCAGGACAAACUGAGAAAGACUUUGCCAGCCUGUGGGAAUCUAACCUUCAAGCAUUCUCACCGGCAUUGUUCAUAUUAUCUUCUUUUGAAACCAAACGCACUUUGCACUUUAGCAGUUUAUGAUUAGAAAUGUAUUUAAAAAGUGCACUAUUUUGGAUGAAAUGUUAUUUUUGUUACUUUUAAAGGCACUGAACCUUUAAAUGUGAAAAACAGAAAUUCAUUUUAAACAGUUUGCAGUGGUCCAAAGUUAUUCCGCACUUAACUUACGCAUUUAGAGCAUCCUAAUUAUUCACCGGGAUGGGUUUGUGAGCGUGCUUCACAACUUUUAGAGGCCAGCGCAGAGUUUAGCAGUCACUAACAACAACUAGCAUGCUAACACACACUUCCAGAUUAUCGUACAAUAAAAUGUUUUCUAAUUAGAUGUGGACAGAACGCAGCGGGCUUAUUUUGACAUUAAGAGCUGCUUAUGUAAUGCACUGUACUGGGGCAAGACACAUUUUUCUGUACAAAAAAAAAAAAUUGGGUACAGGCCCAGUCAGUAUUUUAAACAAUGGGCACACUCCAGACCAAGCCCAGACUGUACGAGAUCUUUGGUGCGUCACACUACAAACAAACUAAAGGAGCAUGCUACAACCUGAACAGUUUUUUAAUCCACAUAUAAUCAAGCUCUACUGAAUGAUUUUAGACACUCGAGAUUUCAUCGUUUAACUAAGUUACAGAUAAUGUAGAUAACUUAGAUUUAUUUUGCAUAGCGUUUUCUCUGCAAAUAGUUGAUAUAGAAGCAGACAGACUCAGUUUUUUUGUGUCCAAUCAGACACAUCGUUACAAAGACUCACGGAAAACCAACUGCCUGAUUAUCACAGACACUCGAUUCUCUGUCGUGGUGCGUUUUAAAAGUCCUAUAUUACACAAAAGUGAUUCUUGUGAGCUUAAAGUCAUGUUAGAAUGUUGUUCCCUCAUCAAAAGCACGCAUGAAGUUGUGUGUAUUGUUUCAUUCACAUGUCUGAGUAACCCUUUAGUAUUAGUCCGUCUACAACAUGGAACUUCCCAAUGCUCUGUUCCACCUUGUGAUGUCAUGAAGCAGUGAUUUUAAAGUAAACAACUCCCUUUUACAGUAUCGAAAUGAUUCUAGUGAAGAUGUAUGGAGUUUAAAAACGCAGUGGAGCGCUUCCUAUAUUACCACAUGACAUCACAAGGUGGAACAAAGUAUUUUCAGAUUAAGAGAGAGAGAGAGAAGAGAGAACUCAGCCUGAAUAUACAGUGUGCCCCAUUGCGCAGUAAAUCUAGUUCUGUUUACUUUACUUUUGGGUUGGUCUUGUUCACAUACACCGCAAAACAUUCACUCCAAAUACCAUGAGGCACGUGGGAGUCCUUCAGCUGAUCAAAGAACUUAUUUCUAUGACAACGCGCUUUGAGUGGACAGAUCCCUGUGAAUACUCCCCCUAUACGCUGUGCUAAAACAUGUAAGAAUGAAACAAAACACAACCCCGUGGAAGGUUUUGAUGAGGAAACAUUAUAAAAUAGGUCAGAAAAUGGAGAAAUAUGGGCCGUUUAAAGAGGCAGAGAUUGGAGAACUAUAAGGAAACAACUGCAUGACACUAUCCCAGUUUUCGUGUCAUGGUGCAAUAUCACAGCGGUAGAAAGAACUAAGUGGCCGGGGCUAAAAGUUCAAACUAAAACAUGUUCCCAACUCAUCACUUGAAAUCAGGAACAGACCUUUUAAAAUUUUGUACAGUCUAUUUUUUUUUAAGUGCACUAUGUAACUUGUCUAGUGGAGGGUCUGCCAUUGUUUGAGUCAAUGAAGAUGUUAUUGCUUUGCCUGGAGUGUUCCUCAGUGUGGCAUUAACAUAUCAUAUAUUAAUGCACAUCAUCACUGAGACAAGCAGCUAAUACCUCUGGGCCAAGUUACAGGUCAGAUCUGUGAAGAGACAAGCCCGCCCAUAGUAAAAAUGCAUGUUUUUCAAGUUGUUUUGCUAUAAAUUUGAAGAAAAAAAAAAAGCUACAUAGUUUUAACACCAUACAGUAGAACUUUACACCGUGUGCCUUUAAGAGAGAUAAUUGUAAAAAUGUAGCAUGAUACUUUAGUCUUUAUUGAAAAGACUGUUAGGAGAUUGGAAUGAAGCCUAUUUUGUCUAUUUGCUAAUAUUUAAUGUCAAUUUAAUGAUACAUUUUACAGAAGAACAUUUGUAUGCGCAAACUGUCAUCGACUCACUAAUGCACUUUCAUUUUGACCCACCCUGCCGUAAACAUUGCUUUGUUUUUUCGUUUAUAAGUUUACUUCCUGGUGGGACACGGGCAGCAGAUAUAAAUAUGUUUAGGUAAUUCCAUAACUGUUACCUAGCAACUAUAAUGUAAACAAGGGCCAUGUUAGUUAUGAUCAGACUAAUACAAAUAAGUUAUAACACCUUUAUGUAGUUAAAUUAAGGAUUAAACUGCCAGAAAAUGCCUUGCUUUUGUAAAAAUUGUCCCUGCAUUUUGUAAAACUAUUGUAAAUGUUUACUGCAGAUCCUAUCCAGCCAAACAAAGUCAGAAUUAGAAGAACAUGAAAAUCUGUCAUAUGCACUUUAACUAGCUACAUGUUGUUUUAAUCUCUUGCAUAACAACUGCUUUCCAACAAUACGGACCAGAUUUGCCUCAUUGAGCCACAGCCAACUGACUACAGUUUGUGUAUUUCAUAUUUAUUGGACUGAAAGUUGUGCUGCUAUGGGAAAAUGUGUUGAAGGGCUGUGAAUGAUGUGAACUGUGUGUGGGAUCGUGGGAUUGUAAAUAUAAAAGUGAGAUUGCAUUUUAAGUGCUUGUCAGUGAGAUGUGAUAUAUUAUGAAAAAGAACAAUAAUAAUAAACACUAUACAAAUGUG